CAACAGCAGUGCACAGGGAGUGUUCUCCCGGGGAGAUUCUCAAGCCCCAGCAAGAGUCUCAUCAGCUGAAUGGAAGAAAAUAACUUUUAAAACCAUUUUGUUAUUUACUUACAGAAAGGAGUUUCAGUACAGAAAACUACAAUGAUGCAAGCCCAACUGAAUUGCUUGUGUCUCCUUAUGCUUUAUUUGACAACUGGAUAUAGCCAACAGAGGAAGUUUAGUGGACCCCUGGAACCCAUGACCUUCUCUAUUUUUGAAGGCCAAGAAGCGAGUCAAGUCAUAUUCCAGUUUAAGGCCAAAUCUCCUGCUGUGAAUUUCAAACUAACUGGAGAGACAGAUGGCAUAUUUCAGAUACAAUCAGAUGGACUUCUGUAUCAUAACAAAGCCUUGGAUAGAGAAACAAGAGCUGUCCACAGACUCCAGGUCUCAACCCUGGAUGCUCAAGGAGCUACAGUGGAGGGCCCAGUUCCCAUCACCAUAGAAGUGAAGGACAUCAAUGACAAUCGACCCAUGUUUCUCCAGCAAAAGUAUGAAGGCUUAGUCAGACAGAAUUCUCGUCCAGGAAAACCCUUCAUGUAUGUCAAUGCUACAGACCUUGAUGAUCCAGCCACUCCCAAUGGUCAGCUUCUUUAUGAAAUUGUCAUCCAGCUUCCCAUGCUCAACAAUAUCAUGUACUUUCAGAUCAACAACAAAACGGGGGGAAUUUCACUUACUGUAGACGGAUCCCGGGAAUUGGAUCCAUUGAAGAAUCCUUCCUACAGUUUGGUGGUCUCAGUGAAGGACAUGGGAGGUCAGAAUGAGAAUUCUUUCAGUGACAGUACAUCCGUGGAUAUAAUAGUGAAGGAGAAUAUUUGGAAAGCACCAGAACCUGUGGAGAUUGUAGAAAACUCAACUGAUCCUCACCCCAUCAAAAUCACUCAGGUGCAGUGGAAUGAGCCAGGUGCGCGAUACUCCCUAGUUGACAAGGAGAAGGGGCCAAAAUUGCCAUUUUCAAUUGACCAGGAAGGAGGUAUUUAUGUGACUCAGCCCUUGGACCGAGAAGAAAAGGAUUCGUAUGUUUUUUAUGCUACAGCAACGGAUGAGGGUGGAAAAUGGCUUUCAGUACCGCUGGAAAUUCGUGUGAAAGUUAAGGACAUUAAUGAUAACCCACCUACAUGUCCAUCUGCAGUGACUGUAUUUGAGGUCCAGGAGAAUGAAAAUAUAGGGAGCAAUAUUGGGACUUUUAUUGCCCAUGACGAGGAUGAAAAAAACACUGUCAAUAGUAUUUUAGGAUACAGAAUCGUGGAUCAAAUCCCCAAAUUUCCCAAGGAAGGACUCUUCCUGGUCCAAACCUACUCAGGAGUGUUCCAGUUAGCUGCGCAGUCCUUGAAGAAGCAAGACACUCCACAGUACAACCUGACAGUAGAAGUGGCUGACAAAGAUUUCAAAACCCUCUGUGAUGUGCAGAUCCAUGUUAUUGAUAUCAAUGACCAGAUCCCCAUCUUCGAAAAAUCAGAUUAUGGAAUCUUAACCCUUGCUGAAGACACAGCUGUUGGGUCCACCAUCUUGACCAUCCAGGCCACAGAUGCUGAUGAGCCAUUCACUGGGAGUUCUAAAAUCCUAUACCGUAUUACACAGGGAGACAGUGAUGGACGACUGGGGGUUGACACAGAUCCCCAAACCAAUGCUGGAUAUGUCAUAAUUAAAAAGCCUCUUGAUUUUGAAACUGCAGCCAUUCAUGAUAUUGUGUUUCAAGCAGAAAAUCCUGAGCCUCUGGUGUAUGGUGUAAAUUACAACACCAGCUCCUCUGCCACGUUCAAGCUUAUUGUGACAGAUGUGAAUGAAGCACCCGUAUUUUCCCAGCGCAUAUACCAAGCAAAAGUCAGUGAAGAUGUGGCUGUAGGCACUAAAGUGGGCAAUGUGACUGCCAGGGAUCCGGAAAAUCUGGAUAUAAGUUAUUCCCUGAGAGACGACAGGAGAGGCUGGCUUAAAAUUGACCCCGUCACUGGCCAGAUCUCCACUAGGGCUCCGCUGGACCGGGAAGCUGAGAGUAUGUAUGUGGUGCACGUGGUGGCUACCGAAAUAGGUGGAUCCUACCUGAGCUCCAUAGCCAGUUUCCACCUGACCCUCUCCGAUGUGAAUGACAACCCCCCUCGGCUAGCCAAGGACAACGCAGGCUUGUUUCUGUGCCAUCCCCUCCAAACAAUCGGAAGUGUCAUUUUCGAGGCCACCGAUGAUGACCAGCAGUCAUUUCUGGGUCCACAGUUUACAUUUUCCCUUGACAGUGAAUUUUUACGAAACAACUGGGUAGUUUCCAAAAUCAAUGGUACACAUGCCAAACUUUCCACCAAGCAUACAAACUUUGAGGAGAGAGUUUACAACGUCCCAAUUCACAUCAAGGAUGGUGGUCGGCCACCCUUGGAAAGAGUAGUAUCUUUACCAGUUACUUUCUGCAAGUGUGUGGAUGGAAGCUGUUUCCUGCCAGCAGGUCACCACUCUGGGAUGCCCACUGUGGGCAUGGCAGUUGGUAUACUCCUGACUACAUUUUUGGUUAUUGGUAUAAUUUUAGCAGUUGUGUUUAUCCGAAUAAAGAAGAAUGGAGGCAAAGAUAAUGUCGAAAGUGCUCAGGCAUCUGAAGCCCAACCUCUGAGAAACUGAAUUUGAAAAGGAAUGCCUGAGUUUAUAUAUUGAGUGCUAUUUCAGUAACAUAACCAUUUAAUCCUGUAAUUUUACUUUUUUUAUGCAACAUAUGCAUUACAAUUUUUUACAGAUAUAUCCUCUUGCUCUUUAAUAUUUUAUUACUCUUUGAUAUUCUGUGUGCUAUAGACAUUAGAGACAUUUCCCAUUUUCCCAUGACACUUUCCCCUCUGCAAAAGCUUUAGCUAUUUAUCCAAAACAAAAAAAUGUAUGUGUUUUUUCCCUUUAGGGGGAGAUGGACUGAUGAAAUAUUCUGUUCAUUUUCUCCUUAUCAAGAUUUAUCAGUCAUCCACCACAGAACUUCCUGGAUUCCAUUUAUACUUUCCUAAUUUCGUCCUGUGUCUCCUUCCUCAUGUCUCUUGGUAUUGCACUAAUUUUAAAACAUUUGUUGGAGAAAAGAACAAAGUGAAGUUGUAGGAAAAAAAUAAAAUGGGAACCUUGUCCUUUGAUGUGAAUAGAAACUCUUUGUGUUAUUAGCCUUCUUUAGCUCACUGUGGCUUGUAUCACUCUUCAUUUGAGGUUCUCCCACUUGGAAAUGGCAAAAACCUACCAUAGGCCACACAGGCCCACUUUCACAAAUUUUGGUGCAGAAACCAACCCCUGACCAGAUUUACUUAUUACCUACCAUGCUUAUAUUCUGCACAUGUUUUCCUUAUGUGUAUGUUAAUAAAGAUUGGUUGCUGUAUAUUUAACAGAAGAAGUAGUGACAAAAAUCAAGAAUAAAUGUUGACUGUGGUUUUGUUUCUUGG